UGUUGUAGCCUGAGACACUAUUCUCCACCAUCUCCUCAUCUGUCUCCUUGUUUCCUGUGGACCUGCCAACGUUUGCCUCAGUGACACAUCACUUAGUGAAGAACAUGGAUCUUGAUGGCAACCUGAUACCUGUGCCCUCUCUGAACAACUUAGGCAAACUGACCCCUCGCUCACUGGUUCCAAACGCCUGCCACCGACUUUCUUUUUCUGGAAAAAAGCUAAACAAAUGCGUGCCGACUGACAUACAGUACUGUGCUCACCGGAGACACACCCUUAACCCCAGUUGUCAAGGAGAGUGACAUUGUGGACUACAGUGGGACAUUUUGUUACAGCAGAGAAGCCAUUGUAGACGUGGGGACACAAUUGGCGACAGAUGCAGUGGAUUUAAACUUUAAUUCUGGGACUGAACAUGCCUCCACACUCGAGUCGUCCUUUGGCAGACUGAAGAAAGAGAAAGAGGAAGUGAAUGGGUUAUUUAGCGACUCAAAAGACAAUGUCGUAAGGACCCAGGGGAAGAAACGCCAGAAACACGAUCCACCACCAUCUCUCAAAUGUUUUCCAAAGCCACAAAAGCCUUCGUGAAGGACACAGAUCAUGAUGGACGCCUGAUUCCGGUGUCCAGUCUGAACGACACAGACAAACUGAAUCUCCGAUCACUCAUUGUCAAGACCAGGCACAGAUGCUUCUGGCAGGAACCCAAAUACCAGUCCCCUGGUUUUACCCUCAGUGAUGUCCUGAAGCCUGGAGAGCCUGGAGAUGCACCUUUAAGCCCAACUGUCAAGGAGUGUGACUUUGUGGACUACAGUGGGACAUUUGGUGACAAGAAAGAAAUGAACGCAGACGGAAACGUGCAGGCAAAGGUGGCUGAUUUCAAAUUUACCUUGGGAGGGAAAUGGUCCACCAAACAGAAGCUGUCCCUUGGCAGCCUGAACAAAGAGAAGGUUGAUGUGAAGGAGUUAUAUAACUACUCAAAAGACAGAGUUAUGGACAUGUCCCAUCCUGUGAUCAAGCAGACCCGUGUGAAUCCAAGGGCAGUGUUAGGCGUCUUGACGGAGAGGAUUAUGACGUCAUUACCUUGCCCGGUCACAAACAAUGUCCGGAUGCACGGCAAUGUAGGAGCCAACGUGAGCGCCUUUGUGGCCCUGAGCGGGAAGGCUUCUAUGAAGCAGAGCGGCAGUACUCAGACAGAUAGGGAUGUGUCACUGGGUAUUCCUGCAAAUACUGUCAUGGCCUACAGUCUGAUUGAACUCUUCGUCAAAUGCAAUGGACAGUUUGAGCUGUGCCUCAUCCGCAACAAUGGGGGCUUUGAAAAGGUUAAGUCAAAUUAUGAGUUUGAAGAGGAUGGAAUUAUGGACCUGGUGUGCGACUUUGACGCCAACAGCCCCCUAAAUCGAAACAAAGAACUGGAGAAACUGAGUAGUCAUUUCCGGCUGCUGUCAGUCCUGCCAGCGGCCAAACGCUCCUCUCUGCUCCAGCUCCUCAAGACAACCAUGGAGGAUGGAGAGGCAGUCAGUGUGCUGGAGAGUGUGCUGGAUCAGACGUGUGAUGGUGAGACUCCUGACCUGGGUGAUCUGGAAGAGUCUGAGAGGGAGACAGUCCAGGCCAUACUGGAUGUUGUAGACCAAUGUGUUGGGAAGGAUGAGGAUGAGAUCAGAUCCUCACUUCUCAGUGCCAUCCACCUCAUUGUCAGUGCCAUGGACGGAAUGACAGAUGAGGGUAUCUCUGUGUUGGGAUCCUGUUGCAGUCCUCCAGUCUUACAGGCCCUGCAGAUCCUGGUUCAGCAUGUGGCAGCAGGGAGUGGGGAGACCCUCUCUCUGAGAGAUGCAGGUCUGGCUGUUCUGACUGAGGAGGAGGUGUUUGGGAGGGCAGAGAGUCUCUUUGGUCACUCUAAAGUUACACUGAAGAGAGAGGAGGACACACUGAGGACAGAGAUGAAGGACCUGCCUGGAUACCUUCCUCUUGUCAUGAGUAUCACUGUGAAAGGCCUGGCUUCUUUAGUGUAAGCUGUGAGUGAGUGAGCUAGAAAAUCCUGUUUGAACUGAUACACUCACGAUUCCAUUCCAUGUUUUACUCUUGCACUAGUUGAGCUAAAGAACUAGUGAACAACAAUGUAUGUAUCCUUGUAAUGCUUUCAGUAAAGUUCAACAAACAAUA